AUGACUGCGCGAAUUGAAAGUAUUCUCGCUGCCAGGAGCCCUUCCCUUACAGAUGAGAAUGACUGGGAAGAGUUCACCUUGAGUGAUGUCAAGGUCCGGAUUCCAGGCAAGGUCCGAUACGCCAAUCUCCUGUAUGCAUCUCCCGAGAACCCCGUCUCUGUCACUGGACAGUUAGAACUGGUCGAAGAACAUCAAAAGCCUCUAGUUUUGGAUGAAAAUUAUCGCGCGAAACGAGUUAUCAUUGAAAAUGUGACGCACUUUGCUUAUGGCCAACAUGACGAUGGGGAAGUCGGAAUUUGGGUCGCUGGAAAGCCGGGGUGGUUUUCGGUCUCUCCGGCCAAGGGCUACAAAGCGGUAUUCAACCAAAUGGUCGAAGCUGUUGAUCUUUUAUAUUUUAUAACAGACAAACACCAACCAAAGGCUCGGAGGAGAAAGCAAUGGAAUCCUAAACUGGACUACCUCCUUGAUCAAUAUAUAAAACACACGCAUGAAGCAUGCGAGGACGCAGAUGAUGCUGCUGAGGUGUUUGACAGACAUCAUGCUUUUCUUAUGAAGCAAAUGUUUCAGGGGAGAGAAGGCAUUGACUGGGAUACUACGCCUAUCUACAAAUAUUUUCGGGACAAAUACAAGGAAUUAUUCCAGGAACUAGAAAAUGAAUCUGCCAAGGAAGGUCCUAUCAACAUCACCGGCGACGAAGAGGUUGAGGAUGAUAAUACCGAAUCACCGGAUGCUGUUACCGUUGAAAGAACGCAGGCCGAUACUGUAUUUGAGGCUAUUCUUGAUAUGCGGAAGUCAAAACAAGGCCUCAAACCGCAACUGACAUUGAAAACUGUCGCAGAAUACUUGCUAAAGCGCUUUGAGAUGGUUUCCUUAGAUUAUGCUAUUGAUCUAAUGAAAGCACGUGCAAGUUAUUUGGUUGAGAUGAUGGAUAACGCGAGGACUUCAUCCUCCGUUGACUGGUCCCGGAAAACGAUUUAUAAACAAUUAAAAAAAGCGGAACGUUCGGCCAGCACCCAAGACGUCUGCAACACUCCCUUACAUCCUCGCCCUCCGGAGGACCAAGAGAAUUCUUCAUCUUCUCCCGAAGAAAGCGACGAGGAGGAUCUUCCAAGGCAGAGACGAGCACGUAUGUCAAUUCUUCGGCCGAAAUUAAGUUCUGUUCCUACGAAGCGUGCUGGAAAGUCCGCCAAGCAACCCCCAAGUGAAGCUUCCGACUCGGAGGAAUUAGAAGACAUGAAUCUAAUCGAAUAUACCCCGACGCCACCUGGAGGACACCACAUGACUCAAGAACCGCUGCCUCCGAGAGUAAAUGAGCUUGCGCGAUCCGUCAUCUCUAUUUCCGACUUAGAAACAUCAUCUCCUCACGCGAGGUCCGUACAGGAGGCUGUAGAGCCACCUGGCAAAACUGGACCCUUUAUCAAUGGCAAUUCCACAAUGCCAUCUCCAGCACUGGCGCCGCCCGACGUUAAUUACCCCCCAGACACAUGGAUUUGUUCCGUGCAUGGAUGCGGCAAGGCGGUCUACAAAGCUUCCUCGAAGCGAUCCAAAGAAGUAAUCCUUGACCACUCACUAGUGCAUGCUAAUGAUACCCAGACAAAGCUGAACUUAGUGUUUGCUGAGCAACGUCUGAAUGUCAAUGCUUCCGUGGACCAUCUCCUAAAUAGAAUUCGCGAUUUUGGAUCCCUUCAAGAAGACGCCGGCGAUGGGGAGAUAGAUUCCGGCUCGAAGAAGAUAAAAGUCCACGAAUGA